CGCGCGUACCAACCUACUCACACCGUUCAGUUGUUGCCUGUCUACUCCUCGAUUCGCUCACGGAAGAUAUAAUCCUACAACUUCCCUUGGGUUCCUCUGAGAGCAGACAACACAGACUGCCAAUAUGGCGCAAUCAGGAGUCUCCGUCGCACCCGAGUGCAUCCAGGCCUUCAACGAGCUGAAGCUGGGCAAGUCGACGAAAUGGAUCAUCUACAAAAUCUCCGACGACUGGAAGGAGAUUGUGGUGGAGGAGACGUCCAAGGACCCGGACUACAGCAAGUUCCGGGAGAAGCUGCUGAACGCCAAGAGCAAGAACAAGCGCGGCGAGGAGGGCAUGGGCGGCCGCUACGCCGUCUUCGACCUCGAGUACGACGCCGAGGGCGGCGAGGGCAAGAGGAGUAAAAUCACCUUCAUCUCGUGGGUGCCGGAUGACUCGCCUCAAUACCCGCGCAUGAUGUACUCUUCCUCGAAAGAUGCGCUGAAGCGCGCCCUCAACGGUAUCGCGGCUGAUAUCCAGGCCAAUGACCCCGACGACAUUGAGCACGACAGCCUCAUCCAGCGAGUGUCCAAGGGUCGCUAGGAGCUGCACUCCAAGCCGCAUAUCCCGGUGCAUGCGCCGAAAUUGGCCAAGGCUAGAGAGGGGGAUGGUGAUUGAGGGAGGGGAGGAGUGGUGGUUACGUGCAUAUGGACUGGGGUUGACGACUCGGGAGACGUGUUUGCGGGAGGACAAGGCGAGGCAUCGUGUGUUGUCG